UUUAUUGCUUUUACUUGAUAUCUGAUGGAUUAAAAGUCCAUUAAAUAUCCCUAAAUUUUGCACAACACAACUGCAUUAUAAUUACAGCUGUCAGGUCACCAUUGGCCAUUCAUUAUUUUCAUUCAUCAAAACGGUUUCGAUCAUGAUGACAUCCUGUGGGAUUAGGAAUCUAAUGGGAAAGAAAAUUUCGAAAAAGUAAAGUUUGCAGAGUUGGACUCCUCAUAAGAACAAUAUAUUAAGAAUGAAAAGUUAAAGCUGGUGUGGAGAAAAUGGACCCAGAGGGUAAACUGAGGAGGGAGUGGUCCUUCUGGCAGUGUGACCCAUGCCCAGCACUAGCUUUCUUUCAUCUUGCUUUUAUACUCCUCAUUGCAUAAUCAUAGCUAUUUAGGGACUGUGCCAAAGCCGGCUGACAGCCAUGUGUGGGUUGCCUAAUUACAGUAAACUGAGCUUUGGCCACUUGGUAGCCAAUUUUCUCUUUAUAAAGGAAGGUCUACUGAUGAUUUGUAUAAUCAUCAUCAUCAUUAUUAAUACCUCAAAGGCAGCCCCACACAGAAGUGUUGAGAAUUGGUGGGAUAGGACAUGGGCGGGUCCAGUGUGUACCUGUAAAUACCUGUCAUCACAGCACAGGCUCGCCUCUCUGAAGGCAGUUCUGGAGUGGUUUCAAUCUGUUCAUUCUUUCUCUUUCACAUCCUAGCCUGGGAUUUACUCUAUAUUUAACUUCUGCUCACCUCUCUGGAAGAUUCUGGCCGGCGCCAUGACUGAUGAGGAGCUGUCUGCCUUGGUGGUGGACAAUGGGUCAGGGAUGUGCAAGGCAGGCUUUGGUGGUGACGAUGCCCCCCGAGCUGUGUUCCCCUCCAUGGUGGGGCGUCCCCGGCACCAGGGGGUCAUGGUAGGCAUGGGCCAGAAGGACUGCUACGUGGGAGACGAGGCCCAGAGCAAGAGAGGCAUACUGACCCUGAAGUAUCCCAUUGAACAUGGAGUGGUCACCAACUGGGACGAUAUGGAGAAGAUCUGGCACCACACUUUCUACAAUGAGCUCCGCGUGGCACCAGAUGAGCAUCCCAUCCUCCUCACCGAGGCACCCCUCAACCCCAAGAUCAACCGGGAAAAGAUGACCCAGAUCAUGUUCGAGGCCUUCAAUACACCUGCCAUGUAUGUGGCUAUCCAGGCUGUACUGUCCCUCUAUGCCUCUGGAAGGACCACAGGCAUCGUGAUGGAUUCUGGGGAUGGGGUCACGCACACUGUACCCAUCUAUGAAGGUUAUGCCCUGCCCCACGCCAUUCUACGUUUAGAUCUGGCUGGCAGAGACCUCACUGAUUACCUCAUGAAGAUCCUGACAGAACGAGGCUACAACUUCACCACCACAGCUGAGCGGGAGAUUGUUCGCGAUGUCAAAGAGAAGCUGUGCUAUGUGGCCCUGGACUUUGAGCAAGAGAUGGUCAGUGCUGCCACAUCCUCCUCACUUGAAAGAAGCUAUGAGCUCCCUGAUGGGCAGGUGAUCACGAUUGGGAAUGAACGCUUUCGAUGCCCUGAAGCCAUUUUCCAGCCUUCUUUUCUGGGCAUUGAGUCCAACGGGAUCCACGAGAUGACCUUCAACUCAAUCAUGAAGUGUGACGUGGAUAUUCGCAAGGAUCUAUAUGCCAACACGGUGCUAUCUGGAGGUAGCACUAUGUACCCAGGCAUUGCCGACCGGAUGCAGAAGGAAAUCGUAACCCUGGCACCAGGCUCCAUGAAAAUCAAGAUCAUAGCUCCCCCAGAGCGGAAGUAUUCCGUCUGGAUAGGAGGCUCCAUUCUGGCCAGCCUGUCCACAUUCCAGCAGAUGUGGAUCAGUAAGCAGGAAUAUGAUGAGGCUGGUCCUCCCAUCGUUCAUAGAAAAUGUUUCUGAAUGGGCUUCCACGCUAAUGGGCUUACAUUUUCUCUUUUUCUAGGUCAGAGUGAUGGUACUGCUUUAUCCACUUUCAAUUGAGUCAAGGUAAAUAGUCCACUCUUGCUAGUGUGUAAACCAACAAACUCAUCUCCAUCCAAGGAUGGUGGCCUCCUGCUCAACUACCCACAUCUUGACCUCUAUCAACCUAAUUCUGAAACAUAUUCUAUUUUCCUCACCUAUAGAGUUCAAAGAAAUGUAGACCUCUUAAAUGAAAGUAAGUAAUGAGUAAAAUCCUAAGAAAUGUCCUCUCAGAAUAGAUAACUAGAAUUUCCAAGCUGUAAAAACUAGUUCUUGCUUAAAAUAUUUAACAAUAGGCUGUACAACCCUGUAAAAAAUGUGUAUGUAUUUAACAAACAUAUCUUAUGAGUAUUUUCGCUUUAUUUUACUAUUUUGUGUAGAUAUCAUGAAUUAUAAGGGUGAAUAAUAUCCAUAUGUACAUAAGUACCAGGGAAAUAAAAUAUUAUAUCUUGAAAUAUA